AUGCCAAAAAGAAAAGAAGAACCACAAGAAAUUGUUGGUGCCAUGUGGAAGGUUAUAUCAUUGAUCCUGAUGGCAGUCUGCCCUGGUGAUGGACUAUUUCACUCCUUGUACCGAAAUGCCAUGAUUUCUAAGCCAUUCAAGGGAGAUGCAGGGAAACCUUUAUUUCUUAGCCCUUAUAUCCAUGCUGGGAAGACUAAGGAGGGGAAAAAAAUGAGUGUUGUCAGCCCCUUCCCAGGAGCAGGAGUGGAUGUGAGGAGUUACUCAGGCUACCUCACGGUGAACAAGAGUUACAACAGCAACCUGUUCUUCUGGUUCUUCCCUGCUCGGAUACAGCGAGAGAAUGCCCCAGUAGUCCUCUGGCUUCAGGGUGGGCCUGGAGGUUCAUCCAUGUUUGGACUCUUUGUGGAACAUGGGCCUUAUGUUAUCGAAAAAAACAUGACUGUUCGCACCAGAGAAUUCCCUUGGACUGCUACCCUUUCCAUGCUUUACAUCGACAACCCGGUGGGCACCGGCUUCAGUUUCACAGAGAGUCCCCAGGGGUAUGCAAUCAGUGAGGAUGAUGUAGCACAAGAUUUGUACAGUGCAAUAGUUCAGUUUUUCCAGUUGUUUCCUGAGUAUGCAAAGAAUGACUUCUAUGCCACUGGGGAGUCUUAUGCAGGGAAAUACGUGCCAGCCAUAGCGCACUACAUUCACUCUCUGAACCCUGUGAGGCAGUUCAAGAUCCACCUGAAAGGAAUUGCCAUCGGAGACGGAUACUUUGACCCUGAAUCGAUGAUAGGAGGCUACGCAACAUUCCUGCACCAGAUUGGCUUGUUGGAUGAGAAGCAGCAGAAGUUCUUCCAGAAGCAGAGCAACAAGUGCAUAGAGCUCAUCAGGGGUCAGAACUGGAUAAAGGCCUUUGAAAUCCUGGAUAGACUGCUGGAUGGAGACUUGACAAGCGAUAUUUCUUUCUUCCAGAAUGUGACAGGAUGCACCAAUUACUACAACCUUUUACAGUGCAAGGAACCCAAGGACCAAGGUUACUAUGGGAAGUUUUUGUCACUCCCACAUGUGAGACAGGCCAUCCACGUGGGAAACCGGGCCUUCAGUGAUGGCGCUGAAGUUGAAAAGCACUUGCGGGAGGACAUGAUGCAGACAGUGAAGCCCUGGCUGACUGAGAUCAUGAAUAACGACUACAAGGUUCUGCUUUAUAACGGCCAACUGGACAUCAUUGUGGCAGCCACCUUGACAGAGCGCUCCUUGAUGGCCAUGAACUGGAAAAGAUCCCUGGAGUACACAAUGGCACAAAGAAAGAUUUGGAAGAUCUUCAAUUCUGAUAGUGAAGUGGCUGGCUAUGUGCGGGAAGUGGGUAACUUCUGCCAGGUAAUAGUUCGAGGUGGAGGACACAUUUUGCCUUAUGACCAGCCUCUGAGAACAUUUGACAUGAUCAAUCGAUUCAUUUAUGAAAGAGGAUGGGAUCCUUAUAAUUCAUAAACUUCCUGAAAAUUUUAAAAACUAAAAAUGUCAUAUAAAUAAGAACAUUGUCUUUUCAU